AUGAAUAUAUUAGAUGCAUCAUUUGAGUAUUUUCGCGAUAUUUUUGUAGAAAAUCCAGGACCAAAAGGUCUUAUAAUGGAUGAUUCAACGAAAAAAGUUCUUGGACUUGCAAUUACGAGAACAGAGAUUUUAUCAUACGAAGUAUUGAUUACAGAAUCAAUCAGUGAUCUUGCUAUGAAAAAGCAUAACGGAAUGAUGCAAACAAUGCAUGCAAUUUAUGUAAUUGAACCUAGCACACAAAACAUUGAUUUAAUUUGUUCAGAACUUUCAGAUCCUCAUUUCUCGAAAUACAGCUUAUAUUUUACAAAUAGUACCGCAGAAGAUAUACUAAGGAAAUUAGCCACAUUUGAUCAUUAUUCAUUAAUCGAAAAAGUCGAAGAAAUAUUUACAAGAUUUUAUCCAUUAACAAGUCGUUUAUUUCAUUCAGGUAUUCAAAGUAUAUCAUCGUUGCGCCUUGGUGAUCCUUCUAAUACCCAAUUAUAUGAUAUAUCCGAUUCAUUAUUUACAGCUUUGCAAGCAUUGCAUAUGCGCCCAUGCGUGCGCUAUGAUUCUUCAUCAAAUUUAUGUGCCGAACUUUCUCAAAUAAUACAAAAACGACUCAUACAAACUUCAACAUUGUAUGGUCAGUGUUCUGAUAGCCAAUUGCUACUAAUUCUUGAUCGUAAGACGGAUCCCAUUACUCCUCUUACAUCAUCAUGGUAUUAUUCUUCAGCUUUACAUAAUCUUUUUGGAAUUGAAGACAAUAUUGUGACUCUUCCUGACGGAACUCAACAUGUUCUCGAUGAAAGACAUGAUACUUUCUACCAAGAAUAUGGAAACAAAUUCCUUUCCGAAGUAGGGCCAGCAAUUCACGAUAUGACGACAGAAGCAGCGAAAUUAGGCGAAAAAAGUCGUCAAAAAAUCACUUCACCUGAACAAAUAUCUGCUGCUGUAGCUGCUGCUACACAAUUCCACUCGAAAAUGACAAGCGCGAAGAUGCACGUCGCAUUAGUCGAUGCGAUCAACGAUGCAGUUCAAAAACACGGUCUUCUGAUGGCAGCAGAGCUUGAACAAGCCAUAGCAACAGGGGAUGACGCAGCUUUCCACGCAACAGAGAUACAAAGAAUAGCAAAUUCUCCGAAUUUCCCUCGAGACAUUUUAUUACGUCUUGCAAUGUUGUUCGCACUUAGAUACGAAGGUAGAUGCCAAGAACAACACGAAAUAGUUAAAAAUGUCGUUGGAAUCGAAGGAAUUAAUUUGAUGCAAGCAGUUGUCACUUUUUGUGGAUUAAAUUCACAAGGACAGAACAACGAAGAUGUUUUUGCAGGAAGGAGUGCAUUGAAGAGACUUUUCUCUGAUAUCAGAUCAUUGUACGAAGUAGAACAGAAAGCUUUGUCUCAAUAUAAAUGCAAAUUAUCUGAUACGUUGAGAAAACUCAGAAGUGGAGCACUUGAUGACCAACAAUACCCUGCUCGUGGACAAUUAUCUGUGAAACCAUCGAAAGUUGUUGUUUACUUCAUUGGUGGAGCUACUUAUGAAGAAGCAAGAGCUGCAAGUGAAAUUUCAAAAGGAGAUAUCGAUGUAAUUGUUGGAGGAACAACUGUUCACUCUCCAAACUCUUUCGUUAAUUACGAAGUCAAAGGAUAUGCAAGAAUAUAG